UGAAUCGACAAUUCAACAAUAAUAAUAGAGUCAGUAAAAAUGAGACGAAUUCCACAUUUCCACGCCACCACCUCAGAUUGUUUUCAUUAUCCAAAAACACACCGCACCGCCGCAUCCACGAUUCCUUUUCCAGUAAAACACAAACGCAUUUUAGUUUUUUAGUUUCUGCAUAAAAAACAAACCCCUGCCACACUCUAUCUAACCUUCUUGUUUUCCACGUUUCUUUCUACACACUUCAUUUUCAAAACAAAGAUCGUAGAAAAGCGGUUGCGUUCCGGUUCGGUUAAUUAACACACCAAAACCAAACCAACCUUUCUCCGUCAACAUUUAAUUCCUUCCGUCGCUAGAAAAAUGCCCAAGCCACGUCUGGAUCGGAAAAAUUAGGGCGCUAGGGUUUUGUUCGCUUCAUCCCAUUCUGCUUCGGAUUCCGAUCGGAAAUGUCCGAACCUCAUUCAUCGCCCCGAACCUCCGCGUAUCUCGACGCGCUCUCUCAGGCGAUCCACAAGAAGCUUCAGCGGGCGUUGGCUAAUUCCUCGCAGAGGCGCAAUUUGUUGCAGGAGCUGUUUGCGGACAUAGCUUUAGAAGUCGAUGACCGAGCCAAAGAUGUGAUUGUCAACAAGGAAGAAGAUGGCAUUUCUCCCGCAGAGGAUAUUAAUGAUGGUCCGUUAUGCUUCUAUGAUGUGCUUGCUGAUUAUUUUGUGCGAGUGUCUGAGAGUAGAAAACCUAUCCUUGACUGGAUUGUUCAACUUUGGAGCCAAUCAUUUGCUUCACAUAUCUUUGCCCUACUGUUUCACAAAUGGUUAUUUGAAGUUCAUCUUGAUAAUCCAGAAGUGCUUCUCCGGUAUUCAUCUGCUCUGGUUCAAGGUGCCACAAAUGUUUUCUGGAUUGACAUUCAAACAAAUACAAGGCGAUUCCAGUCUUUAUUCCGGUACCUUUUGGAAGAUGUUGCAUUAGACCACACUCGAUUGAACAAAAUUCCUUUCCAGGCUCAGCGGGAUACAUAUCUUAUGCUCUCAAGGUUCAUUCUAUUUUACAACAAAGCUGACAAAAUAGAUGGCUUCUUGAAGCAAUGUCCUGCUUUCCCAACUGCUUUCUUAGUUGGCGGUCCAGCAGAUAUACUUGUUACUGAACUCACUGAUCAGCUUCAAAAGCUAAAGGUGGAACCAGUGCUGCUUCAUUACCUUUCCGAAAUUAAGAUCCUUCAGGGCAUGGAAUUGAGAAUGACUACUAGUACGAGAUUGAAAACUUGUUUGUAUAGCUUUACUUCUCCUGGUGGUCCAAUGUAUCCCACUAGAGCCGUUCGACAUGCAGCCAGGGAAUCAUUAGAUUUACUUUUUCCGGUGGGACGUUACCCGCGGCAUCUUAUUAGUUUGUUCUUCAGGUUGCUUUAUCCGUGGUAUUGGCCUUCCUCUUGUUGGAACUUCGUGGUUUCUUGCAUUCAGGCUAUUUUUUACUCCGUGCUGGGGUUUAUAUUUUCUACGCGGAAUAAGAUUGCCAAGCCAAAAUCACAAUAGAUCCUAAUAUCUGUACAGAACCUGCAUCAUAUCUUCCCAGCCGUCGUGAAUUCUUAGAGCCUUGACCUUUUUACUUUUUCUUUAGUGAAAAUUUGUGUACAAGCAAGCUUGCUUGCUAAGGCUAUGUAUAUUUGUUGACUAUGGCAACAGUAAGUUUAUUUAGGAGUGUAAUAAUUCUGUUCAAGUUAUGGUCAAAAGACUUCAUAGCUGUAGCGCACUGCAGCAAUUUAUCGAGAAGAGUAAGAUGGAUGAAAUGCAAAUAUUUGUUAAUA